UUGCACGUUUUCCAAACAUUACAGCUCGUCAUCGACUCAAAGGUAAACGAUCCCUCCCCUCACUGGGUGUAUGGCCAUUGCAUGCUUCAAAGAAAGUUAAGUUGCUCAAACAGGAGAAAGUUUCUUCUUUUGCUCAAAAGUGUGGUAUUGUGAUUUAAAAAAAAAGAAGAAGACCGUUAUCCUGUGGUUAAGUCUUGUUAUUAAACAGGAAUUGGAUUGAAAUACGGAAAAUAGAUGAAUUUUCAAGCCAAGUUCCAUAUAAUAGAAAAUUGCCUUGUCUCAACAAAAAAAUACGUUUAUGCACUCUUGUGACCAGUGAUGCUUUCGACAUUCUUAUGCUACAGAGCUAAUAAUUGAAAUAUACACAACAAACACCCCCUGAAAACCAUUCAGGAAUAACUUUAUUGAUCUGAAAAGAUUUCACUGUGGACAUGAAUACACGCAACUACUAUCCAUCGUCUUACAUUUUCAGCCCUGGCAUGCAUCGAGAUCCAAUAGGCCGCCUAGGAUGCGCCUUUAGCAGUCAACUACAUUUGACUGGUGCUGGCUCAUCAACGCUAGCCUCGCUAAAUCAUAGGAUACACCUACGAGCGGCUGAAAACAGCUCCUACACCCGGUUGGGAUCGGACAAGUCGACCAGCUUGCCUAGUAUCCUGACCUUGCAGCAACAGCAGAGGCUGUCGCAGCACCAACGUCCUCCUAGAGAAAUUGAGGAGCCUCCCCCGCUACCACUAUUGGACCACCACCGGCUGCCCCCUCCUCUGGACUCCGGGGACAGCAGUGACACUGAAGACGGCAACUCCCGCCUGGAGGAGGACAGCACGAUUUUUCCCAAAAGAUGGAUCUCACCGCCUGCAUCCUUUGGGGAGAACAGUCACCCUGCUGCCAGAUACGACCCUUACGGAAGGAGGCUGCCUCUACUGCCCGACGAGGUCCUAAAGUAUUACGGUUCCAGGCUGAACGCCUUUGAGCGGAACGAACUGCAAAGUGGCGAAUAUCCCGAAAUUUGGUACCUAGGGUUGGAAGCGACCAAAAUCGAAGGGGAGGAAGGUGCUCCUCAUAACCAUGGUUACGAUGACGACAAUGGAUCUUAUAUAAAAGUACUUCAUGACCAUUUAGCGUAUAGAUAUGAAAUUUUAGAAGUAAUAGGAAAAGGAUCGUUUGGACAAGUUAUCCGAGCUCUAGACCAUAAAACAGAUCAGCAAGUUGCUCUUAAAAUCAUAAGAAAUAAAAAGAGGUUCCACCAGCAGGCUCUAGUGGAAGUGAAGAUCCUCGAACAUCUGUGUCGGAAAGACAGAGACGGUAGUCAUCAUAUGAUCAAAAUGCUUAACCACUUUUACUUCAGGAAUCAUCUGUGCAUAACCUUUGAGUUGAUGGGGUUGAAUUUGUACGAGCUCAUUAAAAAGAACAACUACCGAGGUAUCGGCAACACGAUGAUUCGGAGGUAUGCUUUCGCGCUAGUGCAAUGCCUGAGGCUUCUGCACAAAGAACACAUCAUACACUGCGACCUUAAACCAGAAAAUAUUCUGUUGAAGCAAAGAGGUGCAAAUUCGAUCAAAGUAAUUGAUUUCGGUAGUUCCUGUUAUACUCACCAGAGGGUGUAUACAUAUAUUCAGUCUAGAUUCUACCGGUCGCCAGAGGUGAUACUAGGUCUCCCCUAUGGACCUGCCAUCGACAUGUGGAGCCUGGGCUGCAUCCUGUCCGAACUUCAGACUGGCAUGCCCCUCUUCCCGGGUGAAAAUGAAGCCGAUCAGCUGGCCUGCAUCAUGGAAGUGUUGGGUCCACCGCCCCCCGUCGUCCUGGAGCUGGCCUCCAGGAGGAGACUCUUUUUCGAUUCGAAAGGCAAUCCUCGCUGCAUCACAAACAGCAAAGGAAAGAAGCGUCGGCCGGGCACGAGACCCAUUUCCAUCGCUCUCAACACCGACGACCAAGACUUCAUAGACUUCAUCGCAAGGUGUUUGGACUGGAACAGUUCCUUACGAAUGAGCCCGGAUGAAGCUCUCCAACACCCAUGGCUACUAGCGUGUGCUUCGCAAAGAAUAUCAUCGCAGUCAUCUUUCAGGGACAUAGAAUCUGAAUCCGCCAGUGGCCAUUCCGUGGAGGACAAGACUCCGGAAACCAGACGAGGGCCUGCGGACGACUCUCGAUUCCCGUCUUUCCCAACGCUUUCAUUUAAACAAACGGUUCUCCACGAGGACAUCGGCUGUCCCGAAGAAUACGACGACCCCCUGGAAGAUUCGGGCACCUUCCUUCCUUCUAUCCUCUGAGAGGACAUCCUACAAUAUGGAUCUCAAAUUACACGGAAACUAGUCGAGCUGGUCAAUUUCCUUGGAGGAAGACUUCCUCUGCUUCUUCCGGGUGAGAGGAGGAAAUUUCACUUUCCUCUCCUCAUACCCAACGAAUUAUUUAAAAAAGAGAGAGAAAAUAUAUGUGAAUGGAACUCACUUCAUUCUCGUGUACAUUCAGAAGAGGCAUAUCGAAUAUUUUUGUCGAAGAUUACUGCUUGGGUGAAUGCAUGGAAUACGAAAAAUUUAUGAAUGAAUUGCUUUGGAUUGUCCUACUGGUGAUAAAAUGACAGACUCUUGGGUUGAAGUUAACAAGAAUUUGUUUUUGCGUUUCUCUUGCCCUUUAUUUCCUAACAUCCAAGAGUUAGAUUAACGAAAAGAGCAUUUUUGUAUACCUUUCUCGUGAUAUUCAUCGUUGUCCUUGUGUUGAAGAUUUUUUUUACUAUUGUUGUAUGCUGUUCCUUUGAAAUGUUUCCACUAUCUAGGUUUGCCCCUUGUUAAUUGAGAGUUAAAUAGUUACCAGAGCUUCCCAACUGCUUGUUAGUCAUGUACAAAGAUCUGAAAAUGGACUAUAUAUACUUCAGAAAUAACAAUUACUGUUAUUGUUCGUUUCAGAAUCCUGAGACGACCACUUUUUGACGAUUCUAUCUUAUUAAGGGGUGAGAUGCGGAACAUUUUUGGAAUUCUUCAUCAUUUUUUGACCUUGAUUCCCACCCUCUUAGAUGCUCUUUAGUUCAAUUUUUUUGUUCCACAUGUUUGUGAGAAUCUUGUCGUUUCUGACUUUAUUAUUUUAUUUUUAGUCUGCGAGUAAUCCGAGUUUACUUUAUUGUUAAAUGUAAACAUUUCCUCCUUUCAUCGUUCCUCUCACCCCUAUUUUGAUGAAUUAAACCCAUCUUAACGCAUGCGUAAAAGCGCGGAAGGUUUUAGAUUCCGCUGGCAAACAAUGUUUAUAUGGAUAUCUAUCAAUCCUGAAAAUGAAGAAUUUCUGACAAAAGCCAAGAACUUUUUAGAAUUUUUCUAAAAGACAAGAAUUAAAAGAAAAUUUUCCAACUAUCAAGGAAGAAUAUGUAUUCUUAAAAUCUGCUUGAUAGAAGAAAAACAUCAAAAAAAAUCGGAAUCAGAAAAUCAAACAAUUGAUUUUUCCAACGUAAAAUGAUCUAAAUAGAAUAAUUUUGAUAAUGUUUA